AUGGAAAUGCGAGAGGUCUUGAGUCGCGAGGGCAGAGAGGCGAAGAAUCUGCUAGUCUACCAGUUCUGCGAUGAGACAACUUCGAGUGGAUCCGUGGGCGGAGGAGUUGGAGGAGGAGCAGGUGGCGAUGGAGGAGCAGCUGUUGGAAGCGGAGGCGUGCUCUUGAACGGCGACUGCUAUCGUAAACCGCCCAUUGUGCCGCCCAAGUCGCCCAUUAAUACGCCCAAAAACUGCCAGUCGCCCACUUCACCACGGCUGAAAACCUCUGGAAGCGUCGUAGGAAACGGAGGCGGCAGUGGUCCACGCGUGCGCAGCGCUUCCACAGGAAGGGACAAGAAAUCAGAGCUGCAAGCCAGAUACUGGGCAUUGCUCUUCGGAAAUCUACAAAGAGCGGUUAACGAGAUCUAUCAAACAGUGGAGUGCUAUGAAAACAUAUCCAGCUGCCAGGAGGCGAUUCUGGUGCUAGAGAACUAUGUGCGGGACUUUAAGGCGCUGAGCGAGUGGUUCAAAGUGUCCUGGGACUAUGAUUCUCGGCCACUGCAGCAGCGACCCCAAAGCCUGGCUUGGGAAAUACGCAAGAGCAAUCCCACGCCCAGAGUUCGAACCAAAAGUCUCUGCAGUCCCAACAACUCGGGCAAAUCGAGUCCAGCCUUGUUUCCCGGCUCUCAAUCCGGGAAAACCUCACCGUGCUGUGAUCAUGGACAGAUUUCGCCCAAGAAACUCUUGCGUGCCUACGACCAAGUGCCAAAGGGAGCAAUGCGUCUAAAUGUCCGAGAACUUUUUGCAGCCAGCAAGCGAGCUACCCAAGGAUCAGCCCAAUCUGAUAACAUGGAAGGUCCGCUGGAUUUGAGUGGCGACAAGUCAAACUAUGUGCAGCUCAACACGCAGUACUCGCAAACGGAUCUGGAGGAUCCGCACUUAACUCUGGCGGAUGUUAGGGAGAAAAUGCGUAGGGAGGCGGAGGAAAGAGAAGCUCAGGAGAAGAUUAAGAAGGCAGCGUUAGAAGAAGAAACCAUUCCAGUAGCUAAUGAAUAUGUAGAGGAAAAAGUCAACCAACUAGAGGCGUCUUCUGUUAAUCAACCUUCCACAAAUGAACCAGAAACUGCUUUGAUGGAAACAGCACCGGAACCAACAGCUCUUGAGAUGACUGUAGCUUCUCUGGAGGAAAUGGAGAAUGCUUUACUUAACCAGCAGGCGAAUAAAGAGCCCACGCCACCUAGCACUGUUGUUAAACCAGUGGCGGAGCUGUUUAAGAAAUCGCAGCCCAUUACAGGAAAUGUUGUUCAAAACAGUCCCCUUAAAUAUUCCAGUGUGCUUAAUCGACCCGCAAAGAAGGUGGUGCCACCGACUGGGGGAAUAGCUGCCCAUAAGAUAAUAGCAGGCAAACCCAGUCAGAUAAAGACAAAUACAGCGCCACCAGUCAAUGGUUUACGUCGCACAAAAACAGCUCCUCCGCCUACCAAAACUACAGGUAGAAGUGGACUGCAGCCACCUCCCCGGCCAUCGAGCAAAACCGAGUGCUAUGGUCCACCCAAUAAUGUGGCCUCAAGAUUGUCAGCACGCUCGCGAACCAUGUUGGAAAUAAAUGGGAGUACCAGUAAUACCAAUGUCAAAACCCUGCCGAAAAAAACCACUACAAGUUCCAUUCUAAGCACUGCCAGAAGAACUACCAUGAGUUCUAGGCUCAGUUCCAGGGAGGAUAUAGCCAGUUCCACGUCCACCCUAAAAGCUAGCAAUGAACAGCUCUCGAAUUCAAGAAGCACUCUAAAGGCGGAGGAACGACACUCCGAGCCAAAACAGAUCCAACUCCCCACGGAUGCCAACGAUGGUUGGUUGACUGUGAAAAAUCGAAGGAGAAGCAGCAUGCACUGGUCGAAUAGAUUCAAUCAGCCCACAGGCUAUGCCAGUUUGCCCACGUUGGCCUUGCUAAAUGAACAGCAAAAGGAACAGGAACACAAGGAGAAGCAGAAAGGUGAUGGCAAAGUCAUCGGUAAAUCCACUUCUGGUAAAACUGGAGCGCCUGCAGAGCUUAAGGCUAAGGCAAAGACAACUUUAACAGCCUCACGACCCGAAAUUAAGAAUGCCAAGGCCAAGGUAAAUUCUUUUCCCGCGCAGAGAAGCACCGCCAACCAAGUGAAGAAAACAGAGAAGCAUGAAAGUUCAGAGAACAUCGAAAACUCCGAGAAGAAAGUGGCUCCCACACCUGUAACUUCCUUAUCCUCAAGCGGUACUCGUAGUAGCAGUAACAACAGUUCCAUUGGUCGCACUUCAAUUAUUAAGAGGCAGAAAUCCGAUCUAACUGGGCUGAAGAUGACGUCCUUGCACAAGGAGUACAUGAGAAGUGAGAAAAAUGCCCUGAGAAAGCUGCAACAAAAGGAACAGGGCAACAAACAGAGCAACAGCAGCUCCUCAUCCGCGGAAACCGUUGUGGAAUCCAACAACGAUGACCACAACAAGAUCGACAUUAAGAUCCAGACAAACUGCGAGUUCUCCAAGACCAUUGGCGAACUCUACGAGAGCAUUGCCCACUGUAAGUUACCAAAUGGAAGCCUUAAACCCAAUGCCUGUAUCCUGAGUGCCUGUGAUGAAAACGAGGAACAAAAUACGGAUGACAACGAGGAGGAGCGGAACGAAAGAAUCUUGGUAGAGGAACAGGAAUCUCUGGAGCGGCAAAUCAGGGAGCUGGAGCAAACGGAGAUCGACGUGGAUACGGAAACGGAUGAAACGGACUGUGAGGUUCAGCUGGAGGAGCAGGACGAUGGAUUGGAAUUGGGCAGCGGCGAUGAUUCCGCCGUUUUUGUGACUAUGAGUGAUGAUGAAAACGCUAGUUUGGAGCUAAGAUAUCAGGCAUUGCUAUCCGAUAUGUCCUGGAACGAAAGAGCAGAGGCUUUGGCCACUUUGCAGGCCUACGUAGCCAGACAUCCGGGAAGAGCACAGGAAUUGCAUCAGAAGCUAUCCUCGCCCUCUAGGCGUCGUUCGCUGCAGGAAACCCUGAAGAAAUAUCAAGCAAAACAGGCGAAGGCUCAACAGAAACGGAAUUUGCUGCAGCAGGAAAAGGCAGCUAAGCUACAGCAACUAUUUUCCCGAGUGGAGGAUGUCAAGGCAGCUAAGAAUCAAUUUAUCGAGGACAAACGUCUGAAAAUGCAGGGAAGACUCCAAAGGGCAGCUGAGAAUCGGGAACAAUAUCUCAAGCAAAUCAUUGAAAAGGCUCAUGAUGAGGAGAAAAAACUUAAGGAAAUUAACUUUAUCAAAAACAUAGAAGCACAGAACAAGCGAUUGGAUCUGCUGGAAUCCUCCAAGGAAACAGAGGGAAGACUGCAGGACUUAGAGCAGGAAAGACAGAAGAGGGUGGAAGAAAAGCUGGCCAAAGAAGCUGCUGUGGAAAGACGUCGACAAGCUCUGGAAAAAGAACGCUUGCUGAAGCUCGAGAAGAUGAAUGAGACGCGACUGGAAAAGGAGCAAAGGAUCGGCAAGAUGCAGGAGCAGAAAGAGAAACAGCGACAGGCUCUGGCCAGGGAAAAGGCCAGGGAUCGCGAGGAGCGACUUCUGGCCUUGCAGGUUCAGCAGCAGCAAACAACAGAGGAACUGCAGCGCAAGAUCCUCCAAAAACAGAUGGAAUCUGCUCGACGCCACGAGGAGAACAUCGAACACAUCCGCCAGAGAGCUUUGGAGCUGACAAUGCCCACAAGGCAGGCGGACGAGGGGCGAGGUGAUCUGGAUGAGUCCGAGGACUUGUUAAAUGGAAAUGGCACGAGCACCGCCAAUGAAGAUUGCGAUUUGUCUUCAACUCUUUCCGAGGUGGGGGGAAUCCCUGGUCAUUCGAGGAGCUACAAAAAGAAGAUGAAAAAGCUGAAGCAGAGGAUGAGUCAGUGCGCUGCUGAGUAUUUGGAGAGUUUGGAUCCAUUGCCGCCUUACUUAAAACGGGAUAGUACAGUGCCAAAGCUGUUAAAUCUGGUGGUCAAGGGUGGAGGAGCCCAAGGAUUGGAUAGGAACCUCGGGAACCUAUUGCGUGUCAUACCGAAAGCUCAGACCUGUGAUUUCCAGGCAUUUCUCUGUAUGGAUGGCUUGGGCAUUUUGGCCAACCAUGUAAUCGGCAAAGGCAUGGAUGAAAACUCUGAGAUCUCAAGAAAGUCCGUUCAUUUGGCCGUGCAGUUAUACAGGAAUGCCUGCUCGGUGUGUCCCCAGAUUGCUCGUCAUGCUCUUCUGGGCAAUUCCAUAACCGUUCUGUUCGAUGCCAUCAACAAGACUUUCCAGUUACCCGAAGAAAAAUCACCACAACAUCCGGUCGAGUUGUCCACGGAGCUAAUGCUGGCCUGCACGGAGGCGCUGUCCUCGAGUUACGUGAAGAAGAACACCCACCCAAAAGUUCCGGAACGCCUGCCGGACAUGAUAAACUUGGCUGUGAUUACGGGCCUGAUAGAGAUUCUUUCCCGACGCAUUCAGAAGGUUCGGGAGUCCAUCGAAGGCAACAAAAGUGUGAUGCUGGGUCUGUUGACCACCUUGGGCUUCCUGUCCCGAUUCCUUGAUAUCUUUGAUAAUUCGUUUCUUUAUCCUCUUUGGAAAGGUCCUGCCGAUCCGACACGUUUGCUGAGCGCUGCCAAGUCCACGGAGCUCUUUGGAACCGUAUCGAUGCUCUACGGCAGCGUUAUGCCAGUGGGUGAAUGCAUUCCACCGCGCACGACCGCCUUGGCAGCAUCGACUUUUCAUCUUUACGUGUCCCUGGCCUCGCUGGAUGUGAACACUUUCCAGGAGGCAUUGACUGUGGAGGGUCCUUUGUCGCUGAAGCUGUUGGAUGUGAUGAGCCUCAUCCUGAACUUUAGUGUGGCGAAUGCCCAGUGGGUGAAGAACAGCGAGAGCACCCCAAUGCUGAUUGACCUUAUCGCUUCGCUGGCCUUUUUCUGUGUCAACAAUCGGAGGCAUCAGGACCUGCUGAUAUCGGAACCGUUUGCCGUGAUCUUCAAGAACCUGGCCAAGAUGCCGACCCAGUUUAAUCCUGUGAUUUAUCCCUUUUUGGUCACUGUUUCCUUUGGAAAUGUGCCUGCUAGGGAGCUACUCUGCAAGGACUUCGAUUUGGCGUUCAUAGAUGAGUAUAGCAAAUCAGAGGUCGCCCAAAGAAACAGCGUCAUUAAACUGAUAAAUAGUCGCACCAAAGACAAAAUCAGCCCCGGUAAUAAUAGUAAUCCGCAGGCACAGGCUCUGUAG